AUGGACUUUAAGGCAGAUCCCAGUGCAGUAUCGAUCAAAUUGCUGCUCACUGUCCACCCCGAGGAGGCAGCCAGCAAGCAGAAAAGGCCGAGAGAGGGGCAGACGGAAGGCAGCCAGAGCCCAGGCCUUCAAGUCUCCAAGGACCCCUGCAAGCAGGCACAAGCUCUUCCUCCAUACUCCAGCAAAGGAACCCAAGUGACAGUGGAGAUCCAUCCCAAGGACAGUCCCCCACAACUCUUUAAGAAACUCUCCUUUGGAAAAGGUCCCAGGAGGCUGUCCAGUCUGAGCACUCAGGACAACAAAGGUUUCCAAAGGACUGAGGCCCUACGGCCACCAGGAGGAAAAGACCUGCAUGCAUAUCCAUGGGACAGAUCCUCUUUGAAAUCCCUGCCAGUGGAUCUGCAGCAAUUUGAGAAGCUGGAUGCCUAUGCAUUAAAAGUGGACGUGAGGAGCAGCGUGGAGGAGCUGGUGAAGGCCCUGCUGAAGCAAGCCCACAGCGACCUGGAGAAGGUCCGAGCCAUCUGGACGUGGAUUUGCCACCACAUAGAAUACGACGUGGUGGGCUACCACAACAAGAGCCAGCUGGCCAGCAGGCCCCUGGAUGUGCUUCAGGCAGGGAAGGGCAUCUGUGAGGGGUACGCAGGGCUCUUCGAGCACAUGUGCAGUCUUGCAGGCAUCCAGUGCAUGAAGCUGUUUGGCUACUCCAAGGGGAAUGGGUACAAGAUGGGGCAGACCUUCACAGGGGACUCUGACCAUGCCUGGAACGCUGUCUACCUGGAUGGGAGGUGGCAUCUGCUUGACAGCACCUGGGGCAGUGGCUCUGUGGAUGAUUCUUUCACCAAGUUCACCUUCAGGUACAAUGAGUUCUAUUUCCUGACCCACCCAGCCCUGUUCAUCAACAAUCACUUCCCAGACAACAGCAACUGGCAGCUUCUGAAGCCAGCCCUGACCCUGAAGGACUUUGAGAACAACUUUCUGCACAACAGCAACUUCUACACCUUAGGCCUGCUGGCUGCACGCCCCCAGACAGCUGUAAUCCAAACAGUCAACGGCAAGGCCUCGGUGUCGGUGGACUGCCGCGCGGCCACGCUCUUCACCUUCAAGCUGCGGGGCAUGGCGCAGCAGGGGCUGCUGACCCUGAAGAGGCAGGGCAUGCAGCUGGACAUCUACCCGCAGAAGACAGGCAGCCACAAGCUGCAGAUUUUUGCCAAGCCCUCCAGGGCCUCGGGAGACGUCUACCAGUGCGUGCUGGAGUACCUGGUGGAGUGCCGGUCGGUGGAUGCGGCGCUGCAGCUGCCGCGGGAGCUGCUGCAGCCCGUGGGCCCCAGCUGGCUGUCGGAGCGCCAGGGCUUCCUGAGGCCCUCGCACCCCGGCCCCGUUGUGCACACCAAUGACGGGCGCUGCUCCCUCACCUUCACGCUGGGCAGGGACGUGCUGGUGCUGGCGUCGCUGCAGGGUGAGGGGGGCAGCCUGCCUGAGGAGCUGGGCAUGCAGCACGUCAUGGCGGUGCGGCGCGGCGCCCAGCUGGAGCUGAAGGUGCAGCUGCCCCGCGCCGGCAGCUUCGUCCUCAAGCUCUACGCCAAGAAGAAGUCGGAGCCCGGCAACUACGACUACGUUUUCAACUACCUGCUGAGCUGCCUGAACGCCGAGGUGCGGUGGCCUGCGUUCCCCCUCAGCUACAGCAAGUGGGGGCAGGACUACGAAGUGCUGGAGCCGCUGGCCGGGGUGCUGCCGGCCGCCCGCAACGUGCGCUUCAGGCUACGCAUGCAGGGCGUGGCCAAGGUGCUGGUGCAGGCCGAGGGCAGCUACCCCCUCACACACAACAGAGGCUACUGGGAGGGCAGCUGCAGCACAGCAGGCUGCAGGGAGGUGUUUGUGAUGGUGCACGAGAACGCCAACCACAGUUUCUACUCACACGUCCUCAAGUACCAGGUGGAGAGCCAGUAG